GUGGCGUGGAUCCACCUGGACAGGAAGAUGAUUGUCUCGAUCCACAACCACGUAAUCACCCGUCAGUCCCGCUUCUCCGUCACCCACGACUCCCACAAGACGUGGACACUACACGUGACGGGAGUCAUGGAAGAAGACAGAGGGCACUAUAUGUGUCAGGUUAACACAGCUCCCAUGAUCAGCCAAACUGGCUUCCUUCAGGUCGUUGUGCCGCCGAACAUCGUGGACACUGAGAGCAGCAAGAGCAACAUCGUGGUGAGGGAGAAGGAUGACGUGAUGCUCACUUGUCGAGGUGACGGCUUCCCUAAACCCAACAUCAAGUGGCGCAGGGAGGACAGCAGACCAAUAGAAACCUCCGACGGACGCAAAGUGUCGCACCUAGACGGCCCGCAGCUGCGGCUGCGGCAGGUCAGCAGGACCCACAUGGGCGCCUACCUCUGUAUCGCCUCCAACGGUGUCCCUCCCUCCGUCAGCAAGAGGAUCACCCUCGAUGUCGAGUUUGCGCCUCAGAUGCAUGUGCCCAAUCAGCUUGUAGGGUCGCCGGUGAGCACGGAGGUCCACCUCGAGUGCUUCGUGGAGGCUCACCCUCGAGCCAUCACCUACUGGGAGUACCGGGACGCUAUGGUGAUGAACACCACACGUGUCACCACACACACACUCGAGGACAACUACAAGAUCCAUAUGGUGCUUGAUAUUCGAGACCUCCAGGACGGGGACUUCGGUAUGUACAAGUGUAUCUCCAAGAACUCCAUCGCUGAGACAGACGGCUCCAUCACCCUCAAUAAGACGUUCAGGACAACCUCGGCCCCGCAGACCAAGUCCCAUCACCCUGCAGUAGACGAGGACGACCCGACCUACUGGAGCCCAGAGCGCCAAGACAGGAAGGACUCCAAGAGAAAGCUGGAGGAGGAGAAGGAAACGAAGCAGCGGCUGGAGGAGGAGCAGACCAGGAGACGGGCGCAGGAGCGGAGGCGGAACCAGGAGCUGGAGCGUCAGAGGCUGGAACACGACUAUAACAGGAACCACAUUAACAACCAGGUCACCAGGGUCACCAACGCCCCAGCUGGUGUGAGCAAGAGCGCCUUCCCUUGCAACAGAUGGAUAACAGUCUCCUGCACCAUUGUCUACUUGUUAACCUUGUUUCUCCAUUAACAGCUGGUUAUCAUCGUAGUUGUUUGCUUGUUUGCCCGCAUUAUUGUACACUAUAGAUCCGUUAGCCUCAACUGCCCCCCCCCCCACCACCACCACCCAUUUUUGUCUUUAUACAUUUUACGGGUAAUUUUAAGUCGAAUCACAUAAUCAUGUCUUUAUUUGUGUAUAUAUUGAUCAUUAACACACACACACACACACAGAGUACAUGUAAACAUAUACAUACACACACACAUACUCAGGUGAGUACAGACACACACAAAUGCAUGUAAGCAUAUACUCACACACACCCAGCAGAAUUUUAGCCAUAUAUAUAUACAUAUUAUCUUAAUGUACGCAAUCUAUGUAAAUAAAAUGUUGUUUGAAUGAA